AUAGAGAGCGCGGCACCAUAUCAAGAAUUGAAUCUUCUUUUUGAAGGUUGCACCGAGUCCUAUAAAAGCUCGGAAAUGCCAAUACCGGUUUGUUCUAAGAGAGAAAAUGAAGCCCUCCACGGCUGCCAUCUCUUUUGUACUUUUCUGGUUUUCAAUACUCUUGCAUUCUAUUGCCGAUCAAGCCUUCGAUGAUCAAGCCUUCGAUGUCCGUCAACACCUCUCCACCGUAACAAGAUAUGGUGCUGUGAAAGAUGUGGGUAAUAGUUCCUCUUUACAGUUUAUUAUUCAUGAGGGAUGCACUCCUAUCCACUUAAACCUUGUGGCAAGACAUGGAACUCGGUCUCCAACCAAAAAACGAAUGAGAGAGUUGAACCUGUUGGCAUCUCAUUUGGAAGAACUUAUAAGAGAUGCCAAGGAAAAGAAAUUAUCUUUGCAGAAAGUUCCGACCUGGUUACAGGGUUGGAAAUCUCCUUGGAGAGGCAAAUUAAAAGGUGGAGAAUUGAUUAGCAAAGGAGAAGAUGAAUUAUAUGAUCUUGGAAUCAGGAUUAGGAAAAGAUUUCCAGAUUUGUUCAAGGAGGAAUAUCACCCUGAUGUGUAUCCUAUAAAGGCUACCCAGGUUCCUCGAGCAUCAGCUAGUGCCGUGGCAUUUGGCGUGGGGCUGUUUAGUGAGAAGGGAAGCCUUGGACCAGGGCAUCAUCGAGCUUUUGCAGUCAGCAGUGAAAGCCGUGCAAGUGAUAUAAUGCUUAGGUUUCAUGAUUGUUGUGAAAAUUACAAGGCUUUUAGGAAAAGCCAAGAGCCAGCUGUUGAUAACCUUAAGGAACCUAUUUUAGAUGAAAUUACAGCUGCAUUAGUGAGCCGUUAUGAGCUUAAUUUUACAAGACAAGACACUUCUUCUCUAUGGUUUCUCUGUAAACAGGAAGCAUCCUUGUUGGAUAUAACAGAUCAAGCGUGUGGUCUAUUCAAUCCUUCUGAGGUGGCUUUGCUGGAAUGGACAGAUGACUUGGAGAUGUUUAUAUUGAAGGGUUAUGGUAAAUCAAUAAACUAUCGAAUGGGAGUGCCAUUGCUUAAAGAUGUUGUUCAGUCCAUGGAGCAAGCUAUUAAGGCACAAGAAGAACAACUUGCUCCUGGAAGUUACGAGAAGGCAAGACUACGGUUUGCACAUGCAGAGACGCUGGUUCCUUUCACAUGUCUACUUGGUCUUUUUCUUGAACAAUCAGAAUUUGAAAAAAUACAGAGAGAACAACCUUUGGAACUUCCUCCAAGGCCUCCCCACAGUAGAAAUUGGUGGGGCAGCAUGGUAGCACCUUUUGCUGGCAACAACUUACUGGUCCUUCACAGUUGUCCAGCAAAUCCUUCAAGCAAGUACUUCAUCCAAGUACUCCACAAUGAACGUCCCAUUACAAUGCCAGGUUGCAAUAAUUCUGAUUUCUGUCCAUUUGAAGAGUUUAAGGACAUGAUAGUUGGUCCUCGUUUAAAGCAUGACUAUAAUACAAUCUGCGCUAAGAAACUGGAACAACCAGAGCAGAAGUUUGAAACUACCAAGGGCAGCUCUUCCUUUUAGCAGAGUUCCACCUGGAUUGGUCCUAUCGUCAAUAUCGACAUUGCUUCUCUGACUGCGCAAGUUCACUGACCUCACUUCAUAUUCAGAUAUGGUAGUUUGCUUUGAUACUUCUGAGGCAGGACUUGAACACGUUACUCCUUUCAUCUUGAUAUGUUGUGCUCCUUGUAAAUCACAUAUCUAUCCAGACUGGCUAGUGGCUUUUGGAUCCACCUCUUUCCUGCACUGACUAGAAGUUCCAUUGAUUUUCUAGAAUAAUGAAUUAACAAACAAUUUUGGCAUGUGUUGGAAUUUGAACUGUUGUUGUACUUGAGUAGAAAUGGGUUUCACGUUAUUAUAA